CCCGUCACCAUUGCCGGUCGCCCGUGGAAGAUGGGGGACGAGUGCAACCUGGACUUUGAAAGGGUUUCCUCAGAGGCUCUUGCUGAAGGACUCAAGGGAAAGUUGGAGAAGUUUGGGGCUGCUGUGGACUCUCUCUGCAGGAGGUUGAGUGACCAGAACCCCGACGUGGCCUAUGAGAAAGCUUUCCUCUGUGUUUCUGUGAAACUGCUAAUGUCUGUUGCUAAGAAAGUCCCAGCUAUGAUGUGUCCCAACGAGCUUACGGAAGUGAUUAAUGGAGAUUCUCAGGUGAGAAACUACAUUGAGGCCCGCGGUGGAUGGGAGAACUUGGGCAAUUAA